AUGGAAGGCAACACACAGAACGUCCUCGGAACCUUAUCAUUAGCGUUAUACGAGUCUUAUGUCCCCCAGACAGUGUUGAAUUUUGUGGGGUUGGCUUCCGAUGAACAUGGCCAUGGGUACCUCAACUCCGUUUUCCACCGUAUCAUUUCUAAAUUCAUGAUUCAGGGAGGUGACUUUGAGAACGAAAACGGGACGGGGGGCUAUUCUAUUUACGGGAAAAAGUUCCCGGACGAAAAUUUCCGUUUAAAACAUGACCGUGUGGGCAGAUUGUCCAUGGCCAACAGUGGCCGAGACACGAACGGCUCGCAGUUUUUCAUCACUACCGUGCCCACCCCUCACCUUAACAACAGACACGUUGUGUUUGGCCAGUUGAUCGACGGCAUGGAUGUCUUGCACAAGAUUGAAAACACAACUGGAUCUGGAUCUCGAGGUGGUGAUUCCGGCGGCGACCUACCUCAGAUUGGCCCAGCAGAAGGAGGAUAA